CCCCCCCCCCCCUCGCUCUCUCUCCCUCUCUCUAAAGAAUCACAAUAGCGAACAUGCACUCAGGAAAUGAUAUGCAAGUGUUUACCCUGUUUCCAUUGCAAUAUACGCUGUAGAGCUUUUACUCAAAUUCUGUGCAGUAUGACUUUUUGUGUGGCUGAAUUAUUUUAAACUCUCAAUUCUCGGAUAACAACUUCUACAACUACAACCUGUGCGGCGAUGAGUGCGUCCGCAGGGACGGGUGUGUUCGUGCUCUCCCUCAGUUCCAUCCCCAGCUGUUAUUUGUUCAAUUCCCUCAUUUACAGCAACAACAGUUCUGACGCUUUCGUCUUCGCUGGGUGUGCAGCAGUCUUAAUCCUGGCGAUUUCAGCACGUUUUAUGUUCAAGAAGAAGGCUCCUGCAGAUCCUCUCUUCUAUGUGUAUGCUGUAUAUGCAUUCCUCAGCGUGGUGAAUCUGAUCAUUGGGCUGGAGCAGGACAACAUCAUCGAUGGAUUUGUGACAUUUUACCUCAAAGAGGCAGAUCCACACAUUAACACAGCACACGGGCACAUGAUCUCCUAUUGGGAUGGCUGGGUGCACUAUCUCAUGUAUCUGCUCAUGAUUGCUGCCAUUACUUGGGGGGACAGUUACAGAACCAUCGGACUCUACUGGGUGGGAUCUUUUCUCAUGCGUGCCAUAGUCUACAUUCUUGGGAAUGCUGUGGGAAAAUAUGGGUCACAAGUUGGUCCUCUCUUCCUCCUCCAUAUGUUGUAUAUCUCAGUGUCUGUCUGGGCCUGUUUCCGCAUCUUCAGCCAGCCUUCCACACAGGACGCUCAGGUGACAAACAUCCAGGAGGCUCCAAGAAGAAGUUUACUCCGCAGACCUCUGGACUUACUGUUCAUUAUCUACCUCAUCCCUGCUUUUGGUUUCUGUGUCUUAAGAGGCCUGGUUGCCCUGGACUGUUCCAGCAAAUGUUGUCAAGACUACACACAGCUGUAUGAACCUUACCUGAAAGACCCCUCCGCCUAUCCCAAAGUCCAGAUGCUGGUGAACAUGCUGUACUCCGGCCCAUACUACAUCAUUACUCUCUAUGGGCUGUUGGUCCCAGGAUGUGAGUGGAUGCCAGACCUGACUCUAGUUCACUCGGGAGCACUGGCACAGCCAUACAAAGGUUCCAGCAAAAAAGAAUGCUGGGCAAAAUAUUUUCUUUUCCCAUAUGACAUCAUGGUUCCUGGUAGAUUAGGUAGAGAGGAAACCUGGGCCCAGUUCUCUCAUAUCGGUGCGUCUCUUCACACACGGACACCGUUCUCCUACAGAGUGCCUGCUGACAGCCAGCUGGUCUUCUUGCUGAUCAAUGUCCUGUACGCUCUGGUGCCUCAGGCUCUGUGCUACCGCUGCUGCACCAGGCCUGCCUUCUUCCUGAGGCCAACGCCAGAGAAGAAAAGGGACUGACACUUGGGGGGGGCUGAUGCCAGGGAUGUCAAGGAUGGCUUAAUAAAAGGCUUAACUACUUGCAAAGUACUGUAGCUCUGUUUUUGCAAUCAUUAGCAGUUGCUAUUUUGGGAAAAUGAGCUGGCAACUCUCACCUGUAACCUUAAUGAAUGCUAAGUGUGCGGGAUUGGAAACAUAAUACUCAGUUGACGGCAGAGUUUCCAGAGUCAUCUGGUAUUCAUGUUCCACUGCUUGAAAUACAUUUUGAAAACAUAAAAUGUGUUUGUGUUUAAAGCACCUGCAAGCACAGAAAGACACACAGGACAGAUAAAAGACCUACUGUAUGGGAUUCAAACUACUUGACAAUACGGUUUUUUUGUUUUUUUUUAAAUGAAAGUGUUUUUGUUACAAAAACUGCCUCAUUGUUCACACUGGGGUGUCUGAGCAGUAACUUUUAGACAAAUAAAGAAAUCGUAUUAGUACA